AUAACGGACUUUGUUGGCGUUAAAAGCUUAAGUUGUCAUUAUUCAACUGUUAGCUGGUGAAGUAAGUUGUGUAACUUAACUAGCUGCUAGCUAGCUAUCGCUUGCUAACGUUGACGUUACAAUCGAAAAGGUCUUCCACAAAAUCCACCCAUAUGGGUUUAACAAGACAUUCUCUGCUUUACCUUACCAUACCUACUGUAUAAACCGUCUCUGACCUUACCUUUCAGUCCGACACAACGCAUGAAGUAUUGUGACACUGGAUUCACCCCUCUACUGUGAACAUGGGAAUUCAGGGCCUGUUACAGUUUCUGAAGGACGCCACAGAGCCCGUAAACAUAAAAAAAUACAAAGGCCAGACAGUGGCCGUGGAUACAUAUUGCUGGCUCCAUAAAGGAGCAUUCGCAUGUGCUGAAAAACUAGCCAAAGGAGAACCUACGGAUCAAUAUGUAACAUAUUGCAUGAAAUUUGUGGACAUGCUCUUGUCCUUCGGUGUCAAGCCCAUCCUGGUGUUUGAUGGUCGUAACCUACCAUCGAAGCAGGAAGUUGACAAGGCACGUGGAGAGCGUCGACAGGCCAAUUUGCAGCGAGGCAAACAGCUCCUUCGUGAGGGAAAGGUAUCUGAAGCACGGGAUUGCUUCACUCGUUGUGUUAGUGUCACUCCCUCCAUGGCUCAUGAAGUAAUCAAGGCCGCCAGGAUAAGGGGUGUGGACUGUAUAGUGGCUCCCUAUGAGGCGGAUGCCCAACUGGCCUUCCUGAACAAAGCAGACAUUGCCCAGGCCAUCAUCACAGAGGACUCAGACCUGCUAGCGUUUGGCUGUAAGAAGGUUGUAUUAAAGAUGGACAAGCAGGGCAAUGGUUUGGAGAUCGACCAGAACCACCUGGGCCGCUGCCACCCCCUGGGGAACGUCUUCACAGAGGAGAAGUUCCGCUACAUGUGCAUCCUGUCAGGCUGUGACUACCUGCCCUCUCUCUAUGGCAUAGGCCUGGGGAAGGCCUGCAAGCUUCUCCGCAUGGCCAACAACCCUGACAUCCUCAAGGUGAUUAAGAAGAUGGGCCAGUACUUAAAAAUGAGCAUAACAGUUCCAGAUGAAUAUAUAGAAGGAUUCAUCAAGGCCAACAACACCUUCCUCUACCAGCUGGUGUUUGACCCCAUCAACAGGAAGGUGGUUCCACUAAACCCUUACUCAGAGGGAAUUGAUCCAGCAACCCUCUGCUAUGCAGGAGUAAAUGUGGGUGAUAAGAAAGGUUUGCAGAUGGCCCUGGGAAAUCUUGAUAUUCACAAGAUGGAAAAAAUAGAUGACUUUGAUCCUGAUAGAACAUCUGUACAGCCCACCAAACCUCGCAGUCGAGGUUGGAAUGAUCGGCCAGACAGCAAGGCCCUCCAGCACGUCAGCAUGUGGAGCAAAGGCUAUGCCCCGGGCCUGACCCCGGCUCCUAGUGCUCCCCCAUCUAUCCGGGAGAAGCUCUCCUCCACCAGGGGGAAGGAGAGAGUGGUCAGCGUGAAGGGCCUGAAACUCUCCGUUAAAGAACCACAGGUCAAGAGACCCAGACAAGACUCCAGUAUUUCAGAGGAUGACUUGCUGCAUCAGUACUCUACCUCAGACCAAAAAAAGCAACGCACAGAGACCUCACCCCCUGCCAGCACAUCACCAGCCACGCCAGAGACCAGGGGCUCCAAGGAGAACCGCGCUCCCGCCGAGAACAGACCACGGAACCGGUUUGCUACAUUACUGCAAAGGAGGAACCAAGCAGAGAGUGGAGACAAGGAACAUCACGGAACAGUCAGCAGGUUCUUCCACAGCAGCAGCAGCGCAGCAGUGGAGAGUCCUGCUCCUUCAGUGCAGGAUGGUUCUUCUCCGGCUGGACCCGCAGAGCGCUCCGACCCGGUUGGCUCCGAGGGAGACUCCACGCCAAAGAAGGAGGCUGACGACCCGGUUUUGGUCUGUGAGGAGUCCUGCAGCCCGCCGGCGUCUCCCUCCCCCGCCGGCCAGCGACUCAGCCAAGGCCUGGGGGUGUUCAGCUGGUCCGGCAGCUCUUCCGCCUCCUCCUCUACCUCCUCCUCCUUUUUCUCACGCCAGUCCAGCACCCCGGCCUUGUCGGGGAUCGCCUCCCUGCAGCAGUUCCAGCGGAAGAAGGAGACCUGGUCCCGGUCGGGUAUCGUCCAGGGGCAGCAGGUCCAGCGGCAGACCUCCUGCGUGUCCGAUGCAGAUGAGGAAGAGGAGGAGCGGGCGGACGUGUCUGAGAGAGACCGGUCCCCCAACACGCCACCCUCCCAGGACAGCGCCUAUUUCUCCCAACCCAACAGCACCUUUGGCAGCCUGGAGGAGACUCCCAUCUCCUCCUUCACACAGCUCAUGGAUGCGUCCACUCCCACGGAGGAGACAUCCUCCGUGCUGAGCCCGGAGGGGAGUCCCACGGACACCUGCAGUCAAGAGGAGGUCCAGUCCACUCCCAUGAGACCAAAGCAGGUGGCAGGCCUUCCCCGCGUGCGGUCCACUGAUGCGGCCAGAGGAGGGAAGAUCCGCACCUCUGCUCCGGCGCGGGCCAGCGGCCUACGCAAGAAGCCCACGGGGGCCGGGAAGAGGUCCAGCAACGACGAGAACCAGCCGGCCAUGCAAGCCACCAUCAGUGGCCUGUGGAAGAGCUUUGGAUUCAAGAAAGAAACCACAAAGAUUGCUCCAUGCAAGAAAGGGGAACCUAUGUCGCCGGUGAAGGAGAAUGUGUCUGCAUCAUGCUCCCCCCACUAGCACCUCCACCUACCUCUUACUUGGAAAAGCCUCUGGACCAGCAGAAUGAAGGCUUUUUUCCAAGGGCCUCAUUCUCCCCUACUAUUGUACAUACUAUGUAUGUUAAAGCUGAACGGAUGAAAUCUUAUGGGAGCUGUCCUGUCCUUUUGUUGUUGAUGUAGUUGUUUUCGUUGUUGUUGUUUUAUGUAAAUAAUAAAGCAAAAAAUGUUUUUU